AUGAUGCAUGCGGCAGAACAGGCUUGUCGAGCAUCUCUACAGCAACUGCAAACAGCGAGGCACUUCAGAGCAAUCUCAAAGAGCAAAUGUGACCUGGGCCAUUACAUCUACAAGCACUAUACAAGACAACCGGAUCUGCUCUAAAGGUCAAAUUCAAGGUGACAGCAGCGAGCAUGUCGUGGUUCAGCUGGAACGAGCCGUACUACUGGAGCCCAAGACGUGAGCCGUCUGAAGUGGUCACGGACACCCUGAUGCUGGAGUUGAGCUGGCAGAUGAAGGAGGCCGAGAGACAGCAGCGGGAGCGAGACAGUGAGUAUCGGAGGCUGAAGAGCGGCGUGGACUACAGCUGGCUCAUGAGCACCCCACGCAGCUCUUUUGACAUCAGCCAAGGAGAGAGACUCAGCCUCGAGGACCUGUGUAGCAAAAUACCACCAUCAUACUGCGGAUCGAUAAUACAGAGGUUUCGGCAGGUGCUGAUGGAGAAUGAGCCUGAGCUGCAGGAGGUUUCCGGACUCUUCCGCUCUGUGCUUGUGGAAACACUUGAGCGUGUUCAUGACGAGCAGGAGGCUCAGCGUCUGACCCACCAGUGGAACAACAGACGCCCCAUAAGCCUGUCGCUGAUGAGCUUCAGGUCUCGCGUGCGGAUUAACCCUUUCGGCAGCACCUUGGGACUGAAAUCAAACAGUUACGGCUCGGAGGAAGAUGGAGUAGAUGUCAAGGCUGUGUGUGGGGAUGUUGAGAAGGGUCUUGGUCAGACAGCGGAGAAAGCGCAGCGCGUGUGGAGCAUGCCGGAGAUUCGGCACAAGGGAAUCAAUGGGAAAGCUUGAGUGUCUGGGAGUGGGGUUCGACUGUCUGAUAUUACUAGCAUCACCUUCACUGUCAGUGUAUUUAUAUUUUCAGAAAUAUGGAGGUAAAAGGUAUGUUGAUGUUGGGAAAUAAAACGUAAGUCUUAGCAAAGCAAAUGCAUUUGCUACAAGGACAACACUCCCAACUCGUCACAUGUUGAUGCUUAGUCACUUUUUGGCACCCAGGGUCCUCCGUUGCUUUAAA